AUGACGUGUUACGACGAGGAGACCACUACGCCGUCGGUGACGCCGUCUCCACGCCCUGAGUCGCCGGUUUCGGGGUCUGCCAGCCCCGUGGUUGACUUGUUUAAACCGUACUACAAGUCCCAUAGGUACCUGCAUCGAUCCGAAGUGGGGUCAGACCCCGAUAUUCUAGACCCUUGCAGUUGUCGUACAUACUCAGGGGGGUACACUGUCACAGAGCAAUCGAGCCCGGUAUCGGAUCGAUGGUCCAGUGCCGUGAACCUAUUUGUUCCCCAGACUCGUGCUUCGGACCCCGACUCUGUGUCUGGUCACCACCGCAAAGGUAUUUAUAGUUCUCCUCAUGACAGCUCCCGCCCUGGUCCACAUCCCGAUACCGGCACCGGCACAAGCACCAGCAGUGGUGGACCAUUUCGAGAUUCUCAUGAGAGAACUAAUGAGGCAAUUGAUGUGGGAAUUGGCGGCGGAGGAGUUGAUGACGUGAGCAGUGGUGCCGUUUAUACCACGGUGCGGAUCGCUGAACUGCCGGGUCUGGAAAUUAUCUCCGGGCUGCUAAGUCAUGAACUCCAACAGCAGUUGGUAGUCGAUACAGUUCGCGAAUAUCUUCCUCCGAAAGAACAUCUUACGAACCUGGAUGUUCAUUACCAUGUUCCUCGUCCGUUUAAUAUUUUUGACGACGAUGUUGAACUGAUACACAAAAUCCCUGCCAAGCCACCUCUGACCAUGUCAGAAGUACGAGCCAAAAAACUCCGGUGGGUCACUAUUGGUGGCCAGUACAAUUGGACCACCAAAGUAUACCCAUCAUUGACUCCGGGAACUGACGGAUUCCCGUUUUUCCCUCCCCGACUCGCCAAUCUGCUGAGUUCGAUAUUUAAGAUCAAAUGCGAAGCUGCCAUUGUCAAUUUCUACUCUCCCGGUGAUAUUCUAUCCCCUCACCAGGACGUUGCCGAGCUCGCUAAAGCCGACCUCGUUUCGGUCUCACUCGGUUGCGAUUGUGUUUUCUACGUUGGCAAGACCCGCGACUCAAAACCGCUCCCCAUUCUCCUCCGUAGCGGCGAUAUCAUAGUCAUGGGCGGAGACUCGCGGUUCGCGUACCACGGUGUCGGUCGUGUCUGGCCCGACACUUGUCCAUCCUUCCUCACCGACUUCGACCCGGGCUUUGACCGCCAGCUCUACAGAUCCUGGGUCGCCAACAAACGCAUCAACAUCAACGUCCGCCAAAUGCUGUAA